CUGAAAGGUCGAAUAUGGGUGUGCGUAUAUGUAUAAAUAUUUUUUAUUCCUGCCUGCUCCUUCUCUGUUAGAGUUUCAAGUCAUUUGAUUUCUCUCUAGCUCUCAAUUUCCUGAGGGACUGAAUGGCAACGUCUAAAGAAGUUGAAGAUGCACCUAACACUACAUCCUCGCCGAAGAAGAUGUAUAAAGACCCAGAUGAUGGGCAACAGCGAUUUUUGCUUGAAUUGGAAUUCGUUCAGUGUCUUGCUAAUCCCACUUACAUUCACUGUAUAUUAGCCCCAAACCGUAAUUCUCUGGUGGAGGAGUCUCAAAACCGUUAUUUUGAAGAUGAAGCUUUCAUAGGCUACUUGAAAUAUCUUCAGUACUGGCAACAGCCAGAGUAUAUUAAAUUCAUAAUGUAUCCUCAUUGCCUCUUUUUCCUUGAACUUCUCCAAAAUGCGAACUUCCGCAAUUCAAUGGCACAUCCAGGCAGCAAGGAAUUAGCACAUAGGCAGCAAUUCUUUUUUUGGAAGAACUAUAGAAACAAUAGAUUAAAGCACAUCUUACCAAGACCUCUUCCUGAAAUUGUUGAGGUGCCACCGGCUGCUGCUGCACCUCUGCCACCUGCACCACCUGUUCCAGCUGUGACUAUCCGUAUGACAGCUCCUCCUGCCCAAGCCCCUUCUCCUAUGCAUUACGGUAUUCCCUCAGGAUCUGCUCUCACAAAAAAUGAUAUGAGGAGUAAUAGCAUUGAUCGAAGAAAGAGAAAGUAUGUACAGUGAACUAUCUGUAGCUGAAUGAACUCUUUUUUUUCCCAGCUUCCCUGAUAAGAACUGCAGUAAUUGCUCAGAAGACCCUUCAAAUAUCAACUGUGUGAUGCAAUUUAGUUUGAUUAUUACAGGAAAGAAGGGUAAAUUGGCAUAUCAUGCCAUUUCAUGUAUUUGUGAUGAGAUAUGUUUGAUGAGGUAAUCAACGUUUUGCCACUUGGAUAGUGAGAAUUAGGAGUUUGCAGUGAUUGUAUGUUUACAAAUAUUGAGAGUGUAAGGAUUUCUAUAAUGAAGUCAGAAAUAAUAAUUAUUCUGGAAAUCAAAUCAUUUCAUUGGAUGA